AUGCCUUCUCUCAGAAAACUCAUGCCACCGUGCUCUCCCACCUCUACCUCCACACCCUCCCCUCUAUCUGCACCUUCUCCUUCUGCCGUUCCAGCUAAUAAAACAACCACAACCACAAAAAAAACAACCACCUCCCCAAACGGCACUAAAACAAUCACUAAGACCAUUAAAACAACCGCAAGCACCUCCACCGCAAAAUCAUCAAAUACCACCUCCAAAAUCCCCGUCUCGGAAAACAAAAAUGGCACUGACAGAGAGAAAGACGAAAUCAAUGACGGAAUAGAAAUUGUAGGACCCGGCUCCAACCCCCUCACCAACAAAACCUGGAUGGGCGACGAGAUCCCUAUCAUGGGACGCGGGAUGGUCCCGGCGAUUGUAGGCGAAGAACAGUUAUCUCCCGAGGAGAUGGCGAGGAUGGGGAUUGUGCCGCAGGGAAGGUGGGUUAAGGUGGGAACUACUACGGUGAGGACGGUCAAGAGGACUGUGAGGAAGACUGCUGUGAAGGGGGAGAAUAGUGAUGCAAAAGACAAGGAGGAAGAGGGAGUAGAAAAUAUAAAGGGGAAGAGAAAGGAGAAAGAGAAGGUGGUGGAGAGGGAGGGAAAGAAGUCGGUGAUAAUUGGUGGUAAGGCAGUGAAAGGUAGGUCGCCGGAGAAUAAGACGAAGGGGAGGGAUAAAGAGGAAGGAAAAGCGAGAGGGAAGGUUUCAGAGAAGGAGAAGGAAAAAGGUACGAGAAAGACUGCAAUGUAG